AUGGCAUCUCCUGAGCUUUCUCAGGGUCCGGGAGUUCUGGUAGUCCCACCAGUGGAUGCCAUUAAUUCGCAUCCACCGAAGGUAAUCCAGUUUCACAUCACGCUAUGGUUAAUGGUGGCUCUCGGAGUAACUCUCGUGUCGUUUCUCUAUAAGUUUCUGACAUCUUUUGAGUUGUGCACAAAACACCUUUGUUGCAACAUACGUAUUUUAUUGUGUGAAAUGCGUGUGUAUAUUUGCGGGAUUCCAUCGAUUCGGAUUUUGACCUUCUGGGAAGCACGACAUCCCUGCUAUGUGAUGGGUAUUUUCGACUUGUGCUGUGCGUGUUGUUCCGGCAACACUGUCGCUCCGGAAGACUAUUCUCAGAGAAAGGGACCAUGUACCGCUGCAGCUGGAGAUUUAGAAAUAGUAGAAGCGCCGACGGAGCCUGUGGAAGAUGCAACCACUGAAGACGUUUCCGUGGUCGAGGAAGGGACUCCGAGCCGAGGUGCAUUAUCACAGGUUAACAAACGGCCACUGAAGGAAUGCAAGCUAAAAUCAGGCCAUCGUCGUAUCACACUCAGUGGCGCCGUUGCGGCAGUUCCUCCGUGUUCUGAGGCCGAGUGUGUAGGCGAGAUUCCUAGGGUGCCGUCGUCAGCGGUUCCCCUUGGCGGUGGCGCCUACUUGGUAUACUCUUUGGACAACAAUGGCUCCAUGAAGAUUAAAUUUACCAAGGAGCCACUUCGAGUUCUGGACGGCGUGUUGGCCUACAUCAAGCCGACGACUGAGUUCGCACCAUACCACUACGAGAAUGGCGACGGUUGCGAGGUCGUUGCCACGAACGUCCAGAAUGCCAUGCGGAGCCAAUAUGCCAGUGACCGUAAACCGUUUUACGAGGCAUGGACUAAGUUUCUGAAGCUUACGGUGGCUGUUCGCGGUGUCGUGUAUUUUUUAGAGGCCUCCACGCUGUCACCUCCUCCUAAGGUGACAGUGUUGUUGCACAAGGAUGGAAAUUGGAAGGUUGCUGAGAAAUCUUGCGCCAUUGAUUUGCGGCAGUACGGUGUCAUAGGGGUGUUGCCUUCUUCGCUCGACUACGGUUCUGUCUGCAGCUCCACUGACAGUGUGAAGUUCCUCAACACGUGCGACGAGUACGGAAGCUCGCUUUUGAUGUGA